AUGGGUCCCGGUCCUGGAGAAGGAGAAGAUUCCAUUGCUGGCGUCGGUGGCGAAGCCAUAUCAGGGACUGAUAUUGCUGGACUAGGGCCUGGGCUCAUAGGAGUAGUUGGUGGACUCAUUGGGCUUGAAGAUGGAGUCAUUGGCAUCAUAGGUGGUGUAGCCAUGGACAUUGGUGGUGGAGUCAUGGGCAUAGGUGGUGGAGUCAUGGGCAUAGGUGGUGGAGUCAUAGGCAUAGGUGGUGGAGUCAUCAUAGGCAUAGGUGGUGGAGUCAUCAUAGGCAUCGGAGAGCCGCCGCUAGGCAUUGGUGGCAUGGACAUUGAGCCAGAAGGAGCCAUCAUGGGAGAUUGAGCUAAAGAGAAGGGGGUUAAAACCAUAGUCAAUGUGAGCAAAAGGAGAGCUUGUGAAGAAGCCAUCAUGGGAUAUUGAGCUAAAGAGAAAAGGGUUGUGUGUUAAAUAGUGGUUUAUGUAAAGUGAUAUAUAGAGAGAGAUGUGAGAAUUGUCAAAGAGUGAGCGAGAAAA